AUGUCUGAUAUUAACAUCACACUCAUAAACUCUGUCAGAAAAAUUGAAAUUGAUAUUGCCAAAAUAAAGCAAAUGGUACGCAUGCUUCAAAAUCAGUUUAGCAAACAAUUUGCCCCAGCUGUCAGUGUGGAAGAACUUAAUAUAAUGCAACAAAACAUCAUUGAGCAAACUCUUGAACGCGUUGCCAAGUCUGUGAAAAGGUCUCAAUUCACUGAGUAUCCUGACCAGCUUGGCAAGCAAGUAAUUGACAACAAUUUGUCUAUAAAACUAUUGCAGCUCAAGACGCUGAGUCACACAAUCAAGCACAAUCUCAUUGACAAAGACUUUCCUGCUUUAAGUAAAGAAUGGAAAGGUAUCCUGGAAAAGCAUCGGGAAUACUAUAUGACGCAAUUAGAGAGAAUGGCAAAGGAUAAUGGCUUUGCUAUCUACAAGUGCAAGAGCAUUUUAAAAAAUUAUAAGGCACAGCAAGAUCUAAAUGAUUCUUUAUUGUCUUCUGAUAAUAUGUCAGAAAUAGAUGGUGGCAAGUCGCCUAUUAUGGUGGAUAUGCUGUCUUCUCUGGCAGAAAUGAGUGUUCAGCCAGUACAUAAGAGAAGCUGA